CGAGACCAUAUUACGGAAUGGGUCGAUACAUGACCAACGUCAACGAAGAGAACUGGGUCGCAAGGUGGUAUCUGUGGCACAGCUUCCGAUACCGAGACAACCGAGACAACAGGGCUCGAGGUACGGCCAAUAACGGUAAUCAGGCAUAUAGCGGCAAUCCGGUGACCUAUGGUACAGUGGGUGGUUACUACGACCCGGUGUACGGGCGUUAUCGUUGACGAUGCUCACAACGAUAGCGGUAGUAGCGUUGUGCACGUCAAACGUGCCAAUAUUCGGAGAUCGCAGUGGAACAUUAGGGCGCCUCCCUUUGUAGAUGUGCAAGUUGCUAGGUGGUCUUCACCACGGGCGAUGGGCGAUGUAGAUGAUCCUGCCUGAUCCGCCAGCAAGAGUCCGCUUCCUCGGAUAAAUAAUCUUUCGGUCGUAUUCAUUCCUCCGGUAUCCCGUGUUUUCCUGAUUUGAGGACUUACAGUUGCGUCUUGUAUGGAUCUUCAAUUCAUCUCCUGGACGCUUUCGUUAAUGCCAGAGAUCCUACAUACCUGAAGUGUGUAUGAACAAGCACCCGUUCUCAUUGUAUUUGGUACCACAAAUGUGACAACUGGGC